AUGGCGAAUGUGACUGCUCUCCCUCGGCAGGAAGAGGGGCUCUCCGGGGAGUCUGAAGGGGCACCUGCUGCUGUAGCGACAGCUGGAACCAGCGUCCUCUCCAACACCUCCUACGCUAACAGCAGCAACAGGAAACGCUUCGCAUACAGCCGAAAGGAGCUGAUGCAAGGAGUCGGAGAGGCCUUUCUCACCGGAGCUGUACCUGACGAACUCUUCGUAAGGCUUCUACUAGGGUUGUCAACUGAUGACGAGACAGCAUCUAACGAUCCAGAGUAUGCAGUGUCGCUGGGGCUGCAUGCGUUUAGUCCAGACGAAGCAGCACUGCUGCAGCACGACUUGAACAUCCUUUCGGCAUCCCUGCAGCACAACAAGGACCAACAGCAGCAUCAAGCCAGAGGCGGCGCAGCGUCUACUGCAGCAGCAACAGCAGAGUUCGAAGAGCUUUCCGAUCUUGCCCACGUGCAGCAACUUGUCGCAGAGUACUGCAUGCAGUACAGCGCUCUAUACUCGCCAGGUCUCGCCUUAAUGGCCGCUGUCGUCUGUCGCCUUCCUGUGGCAGGGGGAGGCUUCGCCACUCAGCGCCGCUGUGCAGUGCUGCACGCGGUGUCUGUACACCUGGCGUCCCCUGCUCUGGUGCUGCUGCUUAGCGUCAAGGAGGAUGUCGCCAGUUCUAGAAACGGCGUAAAUGUGCCUGCUGCGUCCAGCGCCAUCAUUCCCAAGCAGCAAGACGCAGGCGAAUAUCCCCCCGUUUCGAGAGCCUUCGCCGCUGCGCUGCAACCUCCUACAUUCACGCCAUCUGAAACAUCCUGGCCGCAUGCACCGACGCCACAUGCAGCCGUGGGGGCGGCUUCGCGACGUUCUUCCUGCAGCAGCAGAAGUGAUGAGUUGGAGGAAGUGCAGCUAGACGAUGUUGUGCCGUCACCAGCGGCAGCCAUGCCUUCUGGAGCCUUUGUGCAAUCCGGCGGAGCUGGAGCAACAGCAGCAACAGCAGCAGCCUCCCAGCGGGGCAGUGCUGCAUUUUCUUCCGUCUCAGUGGUUGCAGCGCUGCAGAUCGAUGAGGAGCAGGUGCAGCAGCUCGAGCUGCAGCGGCUGCAACACAGGGAGGAAGCAGACAGCGCCUUGACUGCCGUUUUGUCUUACCACCUUCCUGCUGUCGCGCAGCAGCUGCAGCGGCUAAAAGUCGCUCUCCUCCCCCUUAUAGGCCCCUGGCUUGGAACGGCCUUUGCAGCUCGCGCAUUCUCGCUGCCUCAGGAGGAGGUGCCCACUCCCGCUGCUGCUGCUGUUGCUGCUGCUGCUGUUGCUGCUGCUGCUCCUCAAGGUGUCGCGGAGAAGCUGGAGACAAGGCUGCAGUGUCUCGAUACACUCUGGCGCUUCCUUGCUCUCACGAAGGAACCACAUGCAAUGCUGAUGUUGGGGACUGCUGUGCUCGUAGCGAGUGGACGAGCCUUGCGCUGCUGUGCUGCUGCCGCUUCGGCACGAACGGGGGGGGGGCAGGGGAGUCACUCUGUGGUAGUCGAGUUGCAUCGCGCAUCGGGAGAAGGCGAUGCAGCGGCGCGUGCGUGGUGGCUGCAAGCUUCGUUGCUUGGUCUUAGAACACCUCGCUGCCUUCUCACUCAUGCGCUGCAAUCCUCGAGAGACUCCCGAGACGAGACGGAGUUUGUGCUGUUGGACUGUCGUACUUUCGAUGCCGUUCACGAGCAUCAGAACCGCCGUAUCCGCAGUGCCUUGCCGGUUAGUGGCGAUCUGCUGCUGUCGUGUAGUCGAAAGCAGCAGCAGCAGCAAGACGACAAGGAGGCGCAAGAGCUGGACGGGCUUUUGCUGUGCUGUGAAAUCGCGAGGGGAAAGGCCAUCUGCCUGAUGGGAAGCGCAAAAGAUCCCAGCAGCAGCAGCAGUGCGACGCGCGAAGAGGCACAGGCUGUCGUGACAGCAGCAACAGCAGCAGCAGCAGACAGCAGCGGCAGUUCCGUCAAGAGGCAUGCGGAGAGUGAAGGGGCAGCAACACAGGAAGAUCCAGUGGCUGUUCUUUCCGCUUUGUUACUGCAACAGCAUUUUCCGCUUGUUGGCAUCCUCGGGGGAGGCUGGGAAGCCUGCGCGUGCUGCGUGAGAAAAGAAAAGGAACUAUUUAGUAUUGAAAGACGUCUUCCUAUAAUAUAUAAUAAGCCUCUUUUGAGCUGCUCUGCCGUCUGGCGCUUUUUUCUCUGCGGCUGUGGCUGUGCAGCAUUUUGCAAGGUUCUCCAGGAGGAGCAGCUCUCCUCAUAUCUCCUGCUCGAGGAGUCGAAUGGACGAAAUUCAAAAGCAGGGAGUGCUGCAGCCGCUGCGUUUCAGAGUUGGGCAGCUCGAGCAAAAGCUACUGCUGCUCGGCUUGUGGCACAUUCUGCUGGGCCUAGGCAGCAACUAGGAAAUACGCUGCAAGCAGCGCUUCAGGCUACCAAGGGGGUGUCUCGAGAUGUGGGGAGCAGUCUCCGGGGUGUCUUUAAUUCUGCUGCGGCAGCAGCAACGGGGGGGCCUACUGGGAAGGUUCCGCCACCUGAGUUGGACGCUGAGGGGAAGCUGAUCGAGCAGCAGCAGCAGCAGCAGCAGCAGCAGCAGCAGCAGCAGCAGCAGCAGCAGCAGCAGCAGGAUCGUGAUGACAGUUCACGGGGGCAGUAUGCGCAAUCGUCCGGUUCAAUGGCGAACAGCAUGGCAAACGCUGCGAGUCUUUUUUCUGCUCUCCUUCACAGACGGUCUUCAGGGAUGAAUGCAGACUCAGUAGUUGGGGAGAAAGACGUUUCUGCAGCGGACAGCUGCGGAAAUGCAGAAGCUUCCGCCGCUGGUGCUGCUCCUGCAACAGCAAGUGAUAGUAGUCCUAAUGCUGCUGCUGCUAUAGCAGCAGCAGCAGGUGGGGGUAGUGGUAGUAGCAUUACCGGGGGUGGGGUUGCUGGUGUUGCUGAAGGAGCAGGCGCUGCGGUGGAUUCGAGUGUUGCGCCUUCUCGAUCUUCUUUUCAGCGGGGAGACGUAUUUUAUAAAAAUCACCCCGAAAUUUCCCGCAGCGAGACUUUGCAGUCUCUCCUCGCGGAAAAGCUGCAGCAAGCACGACGAUCCUCCUCCUUGAAGAUCGCAUCUCUCAGCAGUUCUUUGAAGGGCCUCUCCCUCCGUCCUGGGGUGUCUAAACAGCAGGAGGAAGACGGCACACGAAACGGAGGCAUUGCCGCUGCUCCCGAGCACCUGCAGCAGCAGCAAAUGCAGCAAGACAGGCCGAUCACGCCAGCAGCAGCCGCAAUGAUGUCUAUGGAAACGGCAGCCACCCAGCAGCAGCUGCACCGGGAAGGGCUCGAGGAGCAGGACAGAAGUGCUGUCGAUGUAUGCGGCUUUUCGCAUGAGCAGCAACGUUUCAGCAAGGCUGUGUUCGCCAUUGAGGAUAGCGAUCAAGAAGACUCUCCAAAGAUAACAGACAGCCUAGUACUGCCGCAGUUCGAGCGGCUCGCUCCAGAUGCAGCGGGGGGUGACAUGCUGGCCGUUCUUCAGCGCUAUCAGGCCUUCAUAGAAGAGGUGCAGAGUCUGGAGAAGGGCUCUAAGGCCGAUCUUUGUGAAAUUCAGCGCAACAUCGGAGAUGUGCAGGUCUAUGAAGCCUUGAAAAUUAGACGAGGCGGGCGCAAUCGUUGGAGUUUGUUGUCGCUGAGCGACCAGUGGGGUGGCCGCUAUUGUGUGAGGUGGUUUGUCUUGACACUCCACCAGUUGCUCGUAGUCUGUCCUGGUGAAGACAGAAGAGUGUCUAUGACAAACGGCGCUUCGCCAGUGGGGGAGGGCAGCCCGUCAAGCGAUCUUUUGAAAGAUGGGGGGCAGGGAGGGGUCAACUUCGCUACUUUGACUGGCAUCAUUGCUGUUGGUAGCGAAGGAGGUUCGAAUGAGAGCCUCAAUGUGACAGUUAAAAGCAACCAUCGACUUAACGCCGUGCAGCGCGCCACCUAUAACCCGCAGGAUGCUGAGUCAUUAUGUCUUCGCUACAAGAAUGGAAAAGCAAACAGCUACAAAGUUCUUGCGAGGGAUGCCUUUAUCGAGGCCAUUAGAACCAGACUUGCGGCGCUUAACCUCGGUUAG